AUGUCUUCCCUUUAUGUUAAAGAUGUUGCACAAAUGAGUACAUUCUCAAAGGCUUUGCAUAGUGCUUGGAGUUCCAUCCCCUACUUAAAUUUUGGUGAUAAAUAUAUCCACCCUAUACCAAAUCUAGACAUACCAAAGUUGGUGCAUAUUGUGGAUCAAACUCUAGCAAAUCGGCAAAAGCAGAAGGUUUCAAUACGUAAGUUCUGGCUAGAAUUACGAUAUUGUCAUCUAAGUUAUUGGAACUCUAAUCUUCAUAAUUGGAUUAAGACACUCAUCUUGCUUAAUAUCAAAGAGUCGAUUUUAAGUGUACGCUUGCCUUAUGACGAUCAUGACAAUCCUUACUACGUUUUGCCUGAAGAAAUCUCUGCUGCUAAAGAACUAAAUGUUCUUGAUUUACGUGGAUUUAAGGGGCUAGCCAGUUUACAAAUUGCGGGGAUUUUACCCAAAUUGAAGAAGAUUCGAUUGGAUUUUCCUCAUGAUAUCAAGAUCGCGGCACCCAAUCUUGAAAUUCUUGAAAUCACGAGCAAUCAUUGGAAGCGAAUUGAAGCAAUUAGAAUAACUGCUUGCAAAGCCUUGAAAAGUUUGUACCUCAGGAAUGUGAUCAGUGAACAAGACAUUUUUUCAAGUUUACCCGAUCUUGAAACCUUGCACUUACUCAAUUGCAGAGCAUUGAAGACAUUGAAGAUGUCAAGUGAACGGCUAGAGUGUCUUGUAAUAUUGGGGUGCACUCUUCUUAUUGAUGUUGAACUAGAUACUCCUAAUUUAACAAGCUUCGCGUAUACUUGUUAUGAUCAUCAAUUGCCAACACUCAAAUUGAAAGCUUCAAUGUUGCUAGAAGUUAAACUCAGCCUAUGCGCAAGACAUAUAUACGGUUUAAUAGUCAUUGUUGCAACCAAUAGUGAGCACCCCUUGGCCAAGGCAGUUGUCGAAUAUGCUAAAAAGUUUAGAGAGGACGAGGAGAACCCUCGGUGGCCUGAAAUCCAGGACGUUGAGUUUAUAACCGGCCAUGGUGUGAAGGCUACUGUCCAUAACAAGAAAUUAAUAGUUGGAAACAAGAGCUUGACUUUAGAUCAAGGCAUUUCCGUUCCAGUUGAUGCAGACGAAAUACUAGCAGAAGCAGAAGAGUUAGCUCAAACUGGAAUUCUUGUAUCAAUUGAUGGUGUACUGAGUGAAGUUGUUGCUAUAGCAGAUCCAGUAAAGCCUGGAGCUCGUGAAGUCAUUUCUCUUCUUAAGUCUUCGAAAGUUGAGAGUAAGCUAGUAACGGGUGACAAUUGGGGAACAGCUAAUGCCAUUACCAAAGAAGUUGGAAUUAGUGAUGUUAUUGCAGAAGCAAAACCUGAAGACAAAGCCAAAAAAGUGAAGGAACUGCAGAGUUUGGGAAAAGUUGUUGCAAUGGUGGGAGAUGGAAUUAACGACUCGCCAGCGCUUGUAGCAGCUGAUGUUGGAAUGGCGAUAGGGGCAGGGACGAACAUAGCUAUUGAGGCAGCUGAUAUUGUCCUAAUGAAAAACAAUCUUGAAGAUGUCAUAACUGCUAUUGACCUCUCUAGGAAAACAUUCGGUAGAAUUCGUCUGAACUACUUUUGGGCAUUUGGCUGUAACCUUCUUGGCAAUCCAAUUGCUGCUGGAGCUCUUUUCCCGUCUACCGGAUUUCGGUUGCCACCGUGGGUAGCAGGAGCUGCAAUGGCUGCUUCUUUAGUGGGUGUUGUAUGCAGCUCUCUUUUGCUGAAGAAUUACAAGAGGCCAAACGAGCUUGAUAAUCUUGAGAUUAGAGGCAUAACUGUUGAAUCAUAAUUUCUAUAAAUAUAUUGUAUAUCUUCUGUAAAUAUGUUCAAGGGGAGCCUUGGUGUAAGGUAAACGUUAUUGCCAUGUGAUCACUGAUCAGCAAGUCACG